GUUAUUCUCAUCCAUCUUCUAAUUCAUAUCUUUAUAUAGCACUACCUAUAUUUCUAUAUAUUUUCUAGCAAGAAAGGAAAAGAAAAUGACCUUCGACUCGCUCCCCCUCGAUCCCAACGGCCCCCCCGGCAACGCCUGGGGUCGCUUCGGCGAGAACGACCAGCUGGGCACGCUCAACCUGCUCACCCCCGCCGUCAUCGUCGAGGCCGCCAAAGAGAUCCAGACGGGUGUGAGAAUCUCUCUCGACUGGCCGUUGAGCAUGCCUUCUGUGCCCAGCUUUGGUCGCGAUCCGUUCAAGCACGAGAUUGUCGCGCGGCGGCCUCUUUGCAUCAACGACGACAUCUUGACCUUUAAUUCGCAGGGGUCUUCGCAGUGGGACGGAUUCAGACAUUACGCCCAUCAGAACUCGAGACGGUUCUACAACAACACAACACAGGAGGAGAUUGAAUCCUCCGACGUCCUAGGACUACACAUCGUCUGCGAGGCAGGAGGCAUCACCGGGCGCGGGGUUCUCCUCGACUACGCCCGCUGGGCAGAAGACAAGAAGAUCCCGCUCAGCGCGUUGACAUCCACCACCAUCCCCCUGACACACCUACAGAGCUUGGUGGAAGAAUACGGGCUCACCUUUCGACCGGGCGAUAUCCUGUUCAUCCGCAGCGGGUUCACCGCCGCGUACGAGCAGCUGGACGCCACGCAGCGGCGGGACCUGGCGUACCGCCCCUCGCCAGAUUUCAUCGGCGUGGAGGCCACCGAGGCGAUGCUGCGCUGGCUCUGGAGCCAUCAGUUCGCAGCGGUGGCGGGCGAUGCCCCCAGCUUCGAACGUGCGCCCAUCCGUGGCCCGCACGCAGACCCGGCGUUCAAUCUGCACGAGUGGGUGCUCGCGGGCUGGGGGUGUCCCAUCGGCGAGCUGUUUGAUCUCGAGCGUCUGGCGGAGCACUGUCGUCGGGAGAACAGGUAUACGUUUUUUCUCUCGAGUAUGCCGUUGAAGGUGAUUGGGGGAGUGGCGAGUCCGCCGAAUGCAUUUGCGAUUUUCUAAGGAAGUUAUUACUGGCAGUUAGCUAUAUGAUAUGUCUAUUAUAUACUCCACAGUACUGGAACAUAGACUCGUAAUAUCUAUGCAGUAUCCUGC